AUGGAGCCCACGUGCCACGAGGAUAAGAAGUUUCAAUCCAGUUGGAAAUUGUCCCCUUCGUCGAGCGGGCCGGCGAGGAAGGUUAGCCCCGUGAAUCCUUACAAUCGACCCGCCUUCGCGAGGACGUGGCCAAAGUGGCUGCGGCCGGACGACGACGUGGACGACAGCGAGGGCGACGUCGUUAGUGGUUUGCCGGAAUUCGAGUGCGGCGUGUUCGCGAAUUCCUGUAUGGCCGCGUGCUCCUGCUGCCCCCGGGAAGCCCCGGAGCAGGAGCAGGAGGCGAGGACGCGCGGCUGCUGCCGGGAGGACUGGGCGAGAAAGGCGGCUUACCGGAAAAUCAAAGAGCGCGUGGCGGCCGCCGUCAAAAGGCACAAGGUAUUCCUCAUACGGGGCGAGCUGCCGAGGCUGAAGGAGGCGCUCGAGGCGCGGGGCUGGGUGCAGAAGUACGAGUCGACUAAAACGAGAAUGCUGCCAUACGGUGCCGUGACUAACUUAGAAACUCGCUCCUUGAGCGAUAUCACGCGAGCGGACGGGACGCUGAACGAGAGGGCCGUGAUCUUCGCUCUUUUGCGGGACAAGCAGCCCGACUUCAUAUGGGACUGCAGGAACGACUUCGUCGAGUGGCAUCGCGGCCUGUCCAACUGCGUCCUGCUUAACAAAUAUCAGAGGCCAUUCGUUUACACUUCCAAGCUCGGAAUGGCACGCUCACUAGAGGAUGCAUAUUGGCUGUACGAGGAGAACGUGUCCGACGUGCUGUUUCCACGCAGCUACAACCCCGCCGAGAAUCAGCGAGCCUUCCUGGAGGACUUUCGGCUGACCGCGGCCGCGGGCUUGCUCAAAUGGUUCGUUCGCGAGAUGAGCGUUGCUGAGGAACCGUCGAUUCUCGCGAGCGAUUCUAAACGGCGGACGAUCCCAAUCGCCCGCUUGGACUUCGCCGUGGACCGUUGCGAAGAGUUCGUCGUCAUCGCGACGCACGAGGACAUCGACGUAGAGGCCGAUAAUCAGCCUACUGAGCGCGAGUGGGACGUUUUUCUGGAGGAUUACACGGCGGCGCUUCAUCAGGGGGCCGGGAUCGAGAGCUCAUCCGAAGGAUCCGAGCGUGUUCAGAGAUGCCUCGAGAACGCCGUCGCGACUUUGGAGAAAUUAAAGACGGUCGACCCGCAGUACGCGAUGAGCGGCAUGAGAGGCAUCUGGAUUCUGAAGCCCAGCGACCUAUGCUGCGGCAAUGGCAUCGUUAUAUCUCACGAUCUUGCGGACAUUCUACGUAAGGUCGCCGAGAAGCCAAAAGACUACUACAUCGUGCAGAAAUACAUCGAAUGUCCCUUGCUGGUGAAAGAAACCAAGUUCGAUAUAAGGUUGUGGUACCUGGUAACGAGCACCUUCCCUCUGACGAUAUGGAUUUUCAAAAAUAAAAAGCAUACCCUAACAGCACAGAUGUCUGGAGGACGCCCAGAGUACGUCUUGAAGACAUCCUGGGGAUGUUUCUUCAUCCUCAGGAUGUCCUUAGGACGUCCCCAGGAGAACAUGUGCUACCUGGGUAAUAUAGACGAGGAGUUGGGCAUGUUAGAUAGAGUUGUAGGACGCUAG